CAUGUACGGAAAAUUGAUAAUCACAGCAUUCAUUGUGCUGUCAGUAGCCUGGCACGUCCACGGUGCCGUCAACUGUACGGCGGCAGGCAGGUUUGCGGAUCCCGCGGACUCUACCUGCAAGAACUACACCCUGUGUGUGCUGGUGACUGCUAACACCAGCUUUAUCGGCUACAACUACGUCUGCCCCACUACCAGCCUCUUCAACCCCACCACUGCAAAGUGCACCACCACCUACUCGUGCAACGGCACCACUACCAAUUCCACUACAAGCAACAGCACCAGCUCCUCCGUUUGUUCCGCCGACGGCUUCGUUGCGGAUCCCAGUUCAACAAAUUGCUCCUCCUACAUCCAGUGUGUUCUUAUCAACGGAACUUAUCUCGAGACGACACUGACCUGCCCGACUGGGUCAUUCUAUAAUCCUAACACUACUCUGUGUGAGGUGAACUAUGUAUGUGCUUUCACUUGCACGGCGGCGGGCAGGUUCGCCAAUACCGCGGACACCACUUGUCAGACGUAUUACCUGUGCGUCCUCACAAGUACUAGUACGUUUACACGGUAUGAGUAUACCUGUCCCACUACUUCCGUGUUCAGUCCCACCACCAGUGUGUGCACUACCACGUAUACUUGUCCCACCGCCUCGGGAUAGUCUACUGUUUUGAUUUUGUUGCUUAAGACUUUGUGAUUAUUAUGUUAUGAAUUUUGCAGAAAAAACAUGGUUGAUUUAGUUUAUGUGGUGAUAAGUAU